GAGAGCAGCACCCCAACUCGCUCAGUUGGAACUGCUCACAGUGCGCCCUGCCCAGCCCUGCAGCCCUUCAGCAUCACGAGAAGCAAACGGGAUAUUUUUAAUCCCGAGAAGUCAUCCGUUUGAUGAAAGCUAAUCGCAUUUGCAUUCCCCCCCCCAGCACUGUUUCAAUUCCACGCCGGCUGCUGGAGGGCAGUGGAGCAGCCCAGCACCCGGCCGUCCAGCCGGGCAGCGCGCUCCAUCCCGCUCCCCGCACCAGGUACCACGGCUGCGAUGCACGGCGACGUGUGCACACAUGCACACCCACAAGCUGCUUAUUCUCGUGUCAAUUGACUCCCUGUAAGUGCUGCCUAGCUACCGGCACGGCGGAGCCAUCUCUUCUCCUCCCGCAGCCUCUGCCUGCUGCCACCAGCAGCCCUAAUCCCCCCCAGAGCUGUGGAGCAGAGCGGCAGCGCCAGGGUCCGACUGGCUUUGUUCCUGCUGACUUGGCAUCCCCUGCUUCCACUCUGGAGGAGAUGGGCCGCAAGGAAGAGGAUGACAGCAGCUCCUGGAAGAAACAGACGAGCAAUAUCAGAAAGACGUUCAUUUUCAUGGAGGCACUGGGAUCAGGUGCAUUUUCAGAAGUUUUCUUGGUGAAACAAAGAAGCACUGGGAAGCUCUUUGCUCUGAAGUGCAUCAAGAAGUCCCCGCUCACAAGGGACAGCAGCUUGGAGAACGAGAUAGCAGUGCUGAAAAAAAUAAAGCAUGAAAACAUCGUGACUUUGGAAGAUAUCUAUGAGAGCACAACCCACUUCUACCUGGUGAUGCAGCUGGUGUCGGGUGGAGAGCUGUUCGACAGGAUCUUGGAACGAGGGGUCUACACUGAGAAAGAUGCGAGCGUGGUGAUCCACCAGGUCCUGACAGCAGUGAAAUACCUCCAUGAAAACGGGAUUGUCCACCGUGACCUGAAGCCUGAAAACCUUCUUUACCUCACUCCUGAAGAGAACUCCAAAAUCAUGAUUACAGACUUUGGUUUGUCCAAGAUGGAGCAGAACGGCAUCAUGUCCACUGCCUGCGGGACGCCGGGAUAUGUUGCUCCUGAAGUCCUCGCCCAGAAACCAUACAGCAAAGCUGUGGACUGCUGGUCCAUCGGAGUCAUCACCUACAUCCUGCUGUGUGGGUACCCACCUUUCUACGAAGAGACCGAGUCCAAGCUGUUUGAGAAGAUCAAGGAAGGCUACUACGAGUUUGAGUCUCCUUUUUGGGAUGACAUCUCCGAGUCAGCCAAGGAUUUCAUCAGGCACUUACUGGAGAAGAACCCAGACACAAGGUUUUCCUGUGAAGAAGCCCUGAGGCACCCAUGGAUUAAUGGAAAUACAGCCCUUCACCGUGACAUAUACCCAUCUGUCAGUGCUCAGAUUCAGAAAAACUUUGCAAAGAGCAAAUGGAGGCAAGCCUUCAAUGCCGCAGCCGUGGUGCACCACAUGAGGAAGCUGCACAUGAAUGGCCACGCCACGGCUGGCAGCACCCACCCAAUUAUACAAGGCUCUGAGGCACCCAGACCCAGCACAGCCAACACCACGCAGCCAGCAAUGCCCAGCAAGGACGAGGACAUGUCACUGCCCCAGGUCCCCUCUCCGGCCCCUCCUGCUCCGCUGGAGCAAGGCACAGGAAGUGAGAGAGGGCAAGCUGCAAAGCCCCCCAGUGAAUGGAUCACCAGACAACCAGAGCCCGCCAGCCAGAUCGUGUGGCUGCAGCCCAGUGUGCACAGGGCAUGAGAGAGCCAAGGCAUCCUUCUGCUCCGAGAUGGUGCUCCUUAAAAAACCUGCAAAAUCCCACCAUUUCAAAUCAGAAGUUCUCGUUCCAAUGAAGACUGGUAAGCACUCAUCUCACUGUGGCACUGGGCAAACUGGAGUUUGUUUGAUCAUGUGAUGAGGAAGGCAGCCAGCGGGAUCCCCCAUUGCCAGCGAAACAGAAGGGCUCUUUUACUCUUUUCUGCACUUCAAAACCAGACAUCAACAGUGCAAGCAAGAAGAAAGGAUGUUGUGUCCCGCCAGGGGCUGACAGGCAGCAGCAUCACGGAGAGCAGCGAC